AUGAUUGAAGUAAGACAUCUUUCUUUCUUUUUCUUUCUUUCUUUCCUUCUUUCUUUCUUUCUUAUUUCAAGAGAAUAUUUUUUCCUUUCUUUUUUCUUUACUUUACCUUUUCUUUCUUUUUUAUUCGAAGAUACCGUUUUCUUUCUUUAUUUAUUUCUUUCUUAUUUCAAGAGACUAUUUUUCUUUCCUUUCUUUCUUUUUCUUUCUUUUUUAUUCGAACAGAAAUUUCCUUUCUUUCUUUCUUUCUUUCUUUCUUUCUUAUUCCAAGAGAAUAUUUUUUCUUUCUUCUUUUCAUUUUUUUUCUUUUACUUUCUUUUUUAUUCCUUUUUUAUUUGCAGCGACGAUUUGUCUUUCUUUCAAAAAAGAAUCACAUCAGUAUGUUUUUUUCUUCCUUUCUCGAUGGGGCCUCGAAAUAUCAGUACAACUACUCAUGUAUGUUUUCUUUUUCUCUGUCCUUCUUUCUUUCUUUCUUUCUUUCUCUUUUUUUCUCAACACUCUUUGUUCUGCCUUUCGGAAACAAGUCCAACGACGCGGCGGUGGGUGACAGGCGCCCGUCCACGCCGACGACGGGUAACAGGCGCCCGUUCACGCCCGACGGCGUGUAACAGGCACCCGUCCCUGCCGACGACAGGUAACAGGCGCCUGUUCACGCCGGCGGCAGGUCAUCGUCACGAGUUCGAACUUUCAGACUUUUGCUCGGUUCGCAAAUAUAAAGCAAACUGUUAUUUUGAAUUAACUUCUUUUUCCUUUUUUGACUUUCUUCUUCAUUUCACACGUCCGAAUUUUCUUCAUUCGAUUACAAUUUCAUUCUUCUUUCUUCUUCAUUCUUUUCAAAUCCCCCUUUACACAAUUUCAUUUAUUUUAAUUUCUUUACUCCUUUAUUUGUUAUCUCGUCUUUUUUAUUUUUACGUCCUUCACUUCUUUCUUUCAUUUCCUCCUCCUUUCUUUUAUCUUUUAUCUCCUUCCCCUGUUUUACUUCAUUCUCCUCUUUUUUCUUUUAUUUUCUUCUUCUCUUUUCUUUUACUUCUUUCGCUGCUUUUAUUUCUUUUUCCUCUUUUUUCUUUUACUAUCUUUUCCUAUUUUUCUUUUCUUCCUUCUCCUCUUUUCUUCGUUUUCCGUUGUUGUUUUACCUCCUCUUUUUCUUCCAGUUCCUCUUCUUCCUUUUUUUUCGUCUCCUUUUUCUUUUAUUUCUUUCACUUCCUUUUUCUUCUUCUUCUAGUUUGCUUCUUCGUCUGCUUCUUUUUUUCUUUUACUUCUUUCACUUUUUUACCUCCUUCUCCCCUUUUUUCUUAUUUCUAUUUUUUAUUUCCUUCUUUCUUUUCAUUUACUUUUUUCUUUUUUACCUUUUACCGCUUUUCAUCUCGUUCUUCUUUCUCCUCUUUCUUUUCUUUUUCUUCCUUCUCAUCUUUCUUCUAUUACUUUCUUCCCUUUUUUUCUUUUACUCGCUUCAUCUCCUCCUCCUUUUACUUCUUUCUCUUUUUCUUUUUUAAAGCCUUAUUAAUUUCAUAUUUUUCCUUCAAUAUUUUUUCCUUAAUUUUUUCUUUCUUGAUUUAUUCAGUUAUUCAUUCGUUGAAUUAUUUUACAUUUCUUUUCCUCUUUAUUUUUUCUUCCUUUCUUUUUUCUUCGAUAUUUCUUUUUUUUUUCUUUUUUCUUCUUCUUCUUUUUUUCCCUUAUUUUUCUUUAUUGUUUGUUCAUUUAUUUAAUUAUUUAUUCUUUUUCUUUCUAUUUAUUUUUUCUUCUUUCAAUAUUUCCCUAAUUUUUACCCACUUUUAUCUCUUUUUUAUUUGUUCAAUUCUUCGUUCCGACAUCCAUCUUAUUCUAAUGUUUUCUCUUCUUCUCUUUCACUCACUCUCCCUUUCAAGCAUUCUCCGUACAUCCUUUCUUGUUGUCUUUCUUUUUUUAAUUUCUCCUCUGCUGUUAUUUCUUUCGUCUGUCCAUCCAACGCCUUUUCUUUUCUUUUUUUUCAUUUUACAAUUGCCUUUCUUCUUUUUUCCUAUUUCUCAACAAUCUUAUAUGUUUAUCGUCUGCUUUUCCUACUCACUAGAUUCUCAAGUUUUCAAUCACUUUUUCGUUCGUUCCCUUCUCACACAAAUAGGCCACUUGCCUUUUUUCCAGUUGUCCGCCAUUUUACACUAUUGUCCCUAA